GCUGGCCUGAGCGUGCUGAACUCCAGUCGCCUUUAAGAAUGGCCGCAGGAGCCCACACCUGGCAAUCACUCCCCCUACCCUCCUGCCUCUCCACAGCAGGUUGCAUUUGGGAGACUCUCCAGUCAGUCAUUAGAGGAAUGAGCCUGAGCCGAGAGUGAGCCAUUCACCAGCUUGCCAACACUUGGUGGAAAGCAGCAGUCAAGCAUGGAUGUGGUUGACAGCCUUCUCAUGAAUGAAAGCAACCUGACUCCCCCCUGUGAACUGGGGAUCGAAAAUGAGACGCUUUUCUGCUUGGAUCAGCCCCAUCCUUCCAAAGAGUGGCAGCCGGCCGUGCAGAUUCUCUUAUACUCCUUGAUAUUCCUGCUCAGCGUGCUGGGAAACACGCUGGUCAUUACGGUGCUGAUUAGGAACAAGAGGAUGAGAACAGUGACCAACAUUUUCCUCCUCUCCCUGGCUGUCAGCGACCUCAUGCUCUGUCUCUUCUGCAUGCCAUUCAACCUCAUCCCCAACCUGCUCAAGGAUUUCAUCUUCGGGAGCGCUGUUUGCAAGACCACCACCUACUUCAUGGGCACCUCUGUGAGUGUCUCCACCUUUAAUCUGGUCGCCAUAUCACUGGAGAGAUAUGGUGCAAUUUGCAAACCCUUACAGUCCCGAGUUUGGCAAACGAAGUCCCAUGCUUUGAAGGUGAUUGCUGCUACCUGGUGCCUCUCCUUCACCAUCAUGACUCCAUACCCAAUUUAUAGCAACUUGGUGCCUUUUACCAAAAAUAACAACCAGACCGCAAAUAUGUGCCGCUUUCUACUGCCAAGUGAUGUCAUGCAGCAGUCCUGGCACACAUUCCUGUUACUCAUCCUCUUUCUUAUUCCUGGAAUUGUGAUGAUGGUGGCAUAUGGAUUAAUCUCUUUGGAACUUUACCAAGGAAUAAAAUUUGAUGCUAGCCAGAAGAAGUCUGCUCGAGAAAGGAAACCGAGCUCGGGCAGCAGCGGCAGGUAUGAGGACAGCGACGGCUGCUACCUGCAGAGACCCCAGCACCCAAGGAAGAUGGAGCUGCGGCAGCUGUCCUCCGGCAGCAGCCGCAGGGUCCACCGCAUCAGGAGCAGCAGCCCCGCGGCCAACCUCGUGGCCAAGAAGCGUGUCAUCCGCAUGCUGAUGGUCAUCGUGGUCCUCUUCUUCCUGUGCUGGAUGCCCAUCUUCAGCGCCAAUGCCUGGCGGGCCUUUGACACCGCCUCUGCCGAGCGCCGCCUCUCGGGGACCCCCAUCUCCUUCAUCCUCCUGCUGUCCUACACCUCGUCCUGCGUCAACCCCAUCAUCUACUGCUUCAUGAACAAGAGGUUCCGCCUCGGCUUCCUGGCCACGUUCCCCUGCUGCCCCAACCCCGGCCCCCCGGGAGCGCGAGGGGACGUGGGGGACGAGGUGGAGAGCGGCAGCACGCGGGCGUCUCUGUCCAAAUGCUCCUACAGCCACGCAAGCGCCUCGGCGCCGCCCCCGUGAG